UUCCUCGGGGCUUGGCUAAGGUCUCAAUGGCCGACUGUGCCGAGCGGGGCGUUGGCGGCGUGCCGGCGGGCGUCCCCUUCUCCGGCCCCUCUUCUUGGAACGGCACUCGUGUCUACCCGGACGGCGUGGUGUGGGACGGGCCGCUGAUCCAGCGUGUGGCCACACUGUCCAUCAUCAUGCUCUUCACGCUGACCGGCAACUUGGCCAUUCUGGUGGUCCUGUCCAGGCCGCGCAUCGUCAAGAGGGCCUCCCGGGUGAACCUCUUCAUCUUCAACCUGGCGCUGGGGGACCUCGCCGUCUGCCUCUUCACGCAGUCAUCCGAGGUGCUGUUCGAGGUCUUCGGCAGCUGGGUACUGGGCGGUGUGGCCUGCAAGGUCAUCGUGUACCUGCAGAUCGUGACCCUGGCCUCGACCACGUUCAUCCUGACCUCGAUGAGCUACGACCGGUACAUGGCCAUCUGCAAGCCCCUCGAGUCCAGGUCGGGCCUCAGGCGCGCUCGCAGCAUGGUCGCCGCCUCCUGGGCCAUGGCAUUCGUCUUUGCCACUCCACAGCUCUUCAUCUUCCUUCAGGUCCAGACGGGCGUGACGGCAUCCGGUCUUCCCCACAUGGAAUGCCUGAGCGUGGGUUAUACGUACCAUUGGCAGCGGCAGCUCUACUUCAGCUGGCUCACGCUGUAUAUCCUGGUCGUGCCGGGCCUGCUCAUCUCCGCCUUCUACCUCAGCCUGCUCAGGGCCGUGUGGGCAGCCUCCGACGCCGUUGACGCCACGCCGGCCAAGGACAGCGGCGACGUCGAGUCCACACUACGGCGCUGCACCCAGGCGCAACCCCUGCUGUCUCGUGCGCGAGCCAAGACGCUCAAACUGUCGGUCUGCAUCAUCGCCAGCUUCGUGGUCUGCUGGAUCCCGUACUUCGCCGUCCACAAUAUCCGCAUUCACAGUCACUACUGCAUCAAGGUCCCCAGGGCGGUCAUCGUGUUCGCCGAGACGCUGGCCCUGCUCAAUAGCGCCGUCAAUCCGGUCUUCUACGGCCUCUUCAACGCCCACAUCCGUCGCGGACUGCGGGACAUCAUUCGAGCGUUCAGAAGACGCAGAAACUUUGGGACCGAGCGCGAGUCCACGAUGCGCAAGGGAGGCAACGCCUUCACCACGUCAACGUGUGCUCUCGAAGCGUCCUCGGGCGACUGCUGUCCCGGACAGCCCUUGAAGGCCCUGGCCUCGAUCGGUGCAGGAAAGUUGAUCACUAACGGGAACAUAGCUGUCGUCUGAAAGUGGUUUAUUCGGAGCUCAAGGCGACGCCACUAAGAUGUUGGA